ACUGCUUCAAUGUCUCUCAGUGAGAGAUGCAAACAAGCGUACAGAGCCGUCAGAGCUGUAGCGCGCGCCUGCAGCUGAUGCUCUCCGAGUGUGUUUGGGACGUAUACUGUGGGAUCUAUUGCGUUGAGAAUCGAGGACACUUGCUGUAUUUCAGCGAAAUGUCGUGUUUCCAGUUGCUUUCUCCGCAGCUUGUCCUGGAUCUGGAGUGGAUCUGAACUGUUCCGAUGGAUGCAGUCCAGUGAAACCGGACUGUCUUUGGAUCUGUGUGUGUGCGCGCGCGCGCGUGUGUGUGCAUGCAUGGGUCUAUGUGUGUGUGCAUGAGUCCGUAUGAGUGUGUGUGUGUGUAACCCCAGCACAUUUCAUUGGAGGGCUAUUUUUUUUUUUUUUUUUGGAUCUUACGUUAUGUGAUGCAUCUAGAUCGGGCUGGAUCUUCUGGGGGGGUGACAAUGUGGGUUACUGGGAAGGGGAAACCAACAGGACCCUGAUGCUUGUGUAAAUGUGCUUCCCAACCGCCUCAGUUGUCUGAGAAGGUCAGACCUCCCUGUGGCACACUUGGGCCGCUGGCACUAAGAUGUCCCUCAGUAGUGACACUGCAGGCGGGAAAGGUGUGGACUCGAAUGCGGUGGACACUUAUGACAGCGGGGAUGAGUGGGAUAUUGGUGUAGGCAACCUGAUCAUUGACCUCGACGCCGACUUGGAAAAAGACAAGCUUGAGAUGUCUGGCACAAAGGACGGGGAUGGAAUGGCUGCUGCCUCGAGCGCCGUAGCGGCAUUGCCGGACAACAUCAAGUUUAUUAACCCUGUGCCUCCUCCACCGAUUAAGGACAGCAAAUCCAAAGCUAAGCGUAGCAAGAAUUCCAAGGAUAGUAGCAAGUCCUCGACCCCUGAUGGGGCCAAAAAGGAUGCCCAGGGACGGACCCAAAAUGAGGCCACUGGGCCAACCGUGGGAAGUGGUUCCACAGCUUUACCCUCCGGGAAAGGUUCCGAUAAAAGUAUCAAAGCCUCCCGUAAUGUUCAAAGUGGAAAAAAGGACAAGGAGGGCUCUGGGAAAAGCAAGAAGGAAAAAAAUGAAGGGGUACAAGCUGUGAGCGUGCCCUCUGAAAAGGACCCAUCAACACAGGUUAUGACUUUAGGCCAGGCACGCAAUACCCCGUUUGAGGGGAUGCAAAAUUUGGACCUUGUUGGUGCUGAUCAACUAGGGAAUAUUACCCUUGAUACCACUGGAAUAGUCACACCUUUGGCUAUCAAGAGUGAACCAGAAGAAGUGGAAAAUAAUGACUGCAGGACCAUAAAGAAAGUGAAAAGCGAAAAGAUGGAGUCUCCGGUCUCCACGCCUGCACCUCCACCGCUACACCUCCUCGCUCCGGGCGUCAACGCUGACAUCUCCUCCCCGUGUGAGCAGAUCAUGGUCCGCACGCGCUCUGUGGCCGUCAACACCUCUGACGUGGCUCUGGCCACCGAGCCUGAGUGUCUGGGUCCCUGCGAACCUGGCACCAGCGUCAACCUGGAGGGCAUCGUCUGGCAGGAGACUGAGGACGGUAUGCUGGUUGUGAACGUUACCUGGAGGAACAAGACAUAUGUGGGCACGCUUUUAGACUGCACUCGUCAUGAUUGGGCACCCCCACGGUUCUGUGAGUCACCCACAAGUGACCUGGAGAUGAGGAAUGGCCGUGGACGGGGUAAAAGAAUGAGGCCCAAUAGCAAUACGCCAGUCAACGAAAACAGCAACUCCUCUGAUAACAAAGGCAGCAACAACAGCAAGACUCGAGCCGCAUCCAACAGCAAAGGGCGACGGGGCAGUCAGAAUUCCUCUGAACGGCGCACCCCACCAAACAGCAACACUGAGGAUGUUAAAGCUAGUCCUUCAUCUGCUAACAAACGCAAGAACAAACCUGUCUCCGACAUGGAGCCCAAUUCCAGUUCAGAGGACACUAAGGGUAGCAAACGUAUGCGCACCAAUUCAAACAGUGGAAUACCUCAUACUGUUCUUCCACUAUCCAGCAUCAAAGCUGAAUCCUUGCCUCCCUCUUUGGAUCGCAACUGCCCCUCGCCGGUGCUCAUCGACUGCCCCCAUCCCAACUGCAACAAGAAGUACAAGCACAUUAAUGGCCUGAAGUAUCACCAGGCUCGUGCACACAAUGAUGAUGACAUCAAGCUGGACAUAGAUGGUGAUAGUGAGUAUGGUGAGGACUCCACUUUGCACCCAGAGCCAGGGAGUUGUAAUGGUGCAUCCAUUUCACAGAAGGGAUGUGUGUCUCCUGCACGGUCGGUCACCCCUAAAGGCAGAGGAUUUGAUGCCCAGAGUCCAUCGCCAUCAUCAGGAAAGUUCAGCUCUAAGCAGACUGGCAAGAAGAAAUCAGAGGGUGAGCAUGAGUCGUGUGUGCCCAUGGAUGGCUGUGAAGAUGGCCCAUGUCUUACAGAUGAGACGAGCAACGAUGGCAUUGAUGAUAAAAGAGGUUUGGACAAAGCUAAGAAGUCUGGCAGUGGAACCAAGGCAGACAAGCUUGCUCAGAAGCCAAUGAAGUCAGCAAGGCCCCUCGUUCCUUCCUUACCUCCACAGCAGUUGUACGCCUUACCAGCCUCCAGCUUCCCUGCCCCUAAUUCUGGCUCCUCUUCCAGCAUGGGCUCUGUGGUCCAGUCCAUUAGCAAGAGCCCCCAGCUAAAAACCGUUCAACCCAAACCUGCAGUGAUUGGAGAUUCCUCAAUAAACCCAGCCUUAGGAAGCUCUAAGGACAAGAAAAAGAAAGAUAAGAAAAAGAAGGAGUGUGGUAAGGAAGGAGACAGUCCAAAAGCCCCUGGCAAAGGAGGGAAACCUGAAGAAGGUAAAAGCCCAUAUUCUGAAAGCUCAGACCAAGGCAGCAAGAGCGAGGGGAUGUUAAAUGGAUCCACAGAUCCACAUCAAAGUCGGCUAGCCAGCAUUAAAGCAGAGGCCGACAAAAUCUACAGCUUCUCUGAUAAUUCUCCCAGUCCUUCUAUAGGAGUGGCCAGUCGGAUAGAGAGCGGGGCGAUGGCACAACCUCUCACUCCACUUCAUGUGGUUACCCAAAAUGGGGCUGAUAACUCUUCUGUGAAGACCAACAGCCCGGCGUACUCCGACAUCUCUGAUGCAGGGGAAGAUGGAGAGGGCAAAGUCAAGGACAAGUCUGAGGAUCAGGCAAUCCGGGAAGGUGCCAAGAAAUCUCUAUUCCCAUCCCAACCCCCAAACAAAGACUCUACUUAUUACCCAAGUUAUGAAACGUACUACUCGCCCAAUUAUGUCAACCCAAACCCCAGUCCAGGAGUUGCUAACACGGUCACAUCAUUGCAAGAUGGUGCAGUGAAGGUGAAAAAAGAAGAAGACCCAGAACCUGGCAAUGACAAGGGCAAAUCAGAGCCACCUGAAGAUCGAAAGCCAGACACGGGUGCAUCCACUCAGCAGCCACCACAGCCUUCAGUCAUUCAGCAGCGGUCUAACAUGUUCAUGCAGCCCCUCUAUUACAAUCAGUAUGCUUAUGUACCUGCCUACGGCUAUUCACCUGAUCAGGCCUACCAUAACCACCUGAUGAACACAAACCCAGCUUACAGGCAGCAGUGUGAGGACCGCCAACGCCAAGCAGCUGAGCAGCAUCGUGCUGCAGAGAAGAAAUCAGAGGCUGCUCAGAAGGAUAGGGAAGCAUCCAUGAAGCAAGAAGAAUGGAAGCAGAAAGCAUCAGUUCCUCCUACUUUGUCCAAAGCACCAAGUCUCUCAGAUUUGGGCAAACCAUCCCCACAGGGCAAGCCCAAAGAUCCCUCGGAGCCUGGCAAGUCAGUCAUUAUCCCCAAAGGGGAAGAUGGCAAGGGACAGACCCAGCAAGGUGAGGGGUUGAAAAUGAAGCUAAGUGAAGCAGGACAUCAUGCAAAAGACGAGCAGAAACCAGGCAUUGAGUCUGGGAGAUCGGCUAUGGAGCAGGCAAUGUACAUGUACAGACAGGAGCCAGACUCUCGACUGUGGCCCUACGUUUACCCCAGCAAGUACCCCGAUGCUCAGAAACAGAUCGAUGAGGAGAGGUGGAAGGAUGAGAGAGAGCGGGAGCGGGAGCGUGAGCGGGAAAGAGAACGGGACAGGGACCGCGAUAGAGAACGGAAAGGCAAAGAGGAACGUAUGCGUCCUAAAGACACUCCCUCUAAAGAGGAGAGCAAGGAAGGGGCAGAACCACGCACUUCAUCAGCCUCAGAUGAGCACAGAGGAGUCAGCAAAGAUCCCCGAGCACACAUGCAGUUUUCCUCUCCUCUGCCGCAGCACCAGUCGUAUAUGUCUUACAUGCACGGAUACCCCUACGGCCAGGGUUAUGACCCCAGCCAUCCGGGAUACAGGGGGAUGCCAGCUGUCAUGAUGCAGAAUUACCCUGGGUCGUACCUGUCCCCAGGGUACUCCUUCUCUCCAUAUGGCAGUAAGAUGCCACCUGGAGAGGAUUGUGAGAAGGCUCGUGCCAGUCCUACAGUGAGUGGCAAGUCUGCAUCCGAGUCUAAAGCGCUGGACAUCCUGCAUCAGCAUGCUAGCCAAUACAAGAGCAAAUCGCCCACGGUGGGUGAAAAGAUGCCCCACGACAGAGACCGAAGUGGGAGCGAGAGGGAAAGAGACAGCGAUCGUCCGAGAUCUUCACCGUCUCAGAGGAUCAUGCCGUCCCACCAUCACCUAGGCUAUCCACUACUCCCAGGACAGUAUGACCUGUCCUAUGCUACAGGUAUCUCCUCUUCAGCCAUUGUUGCCAGUCAACAAGCCUCUGCUCCCUCGCUUUACCCUCCAGCACGGAGGUGAGAAUGGGAGAAGUAACUGGCCGUUCCUCUGCAGACAUGUGACUGGUUCACACGAGGAUGUGAUGUGGAACUUAUGACAUCAGUUCAAUGAUGUUCCCGAUUUCUUGACGGUUCUUUUUCCUGGAUUUCCUUGUGUCUUUGAGCAACACCAUCAGAGCGGAGAAAGUGGAUGCCCAGGCAUCUGUAUUCAAGCUGUACACCUCCCUCUCUGUGCUGCUGGAUACAUACUCAGGAGAGAGGAGACACAGUCUGUCUGCAGGAACCUCAUAUGAUGUGCAAGCUCCUACAGAGUUUGGGAGAUCUUGAAUGGACCUGGAUUCAAAGACAGUCUGGAAGCCACUACAUUGUGUUUAAAGCAUGGAGUGCUACUGAUCUAGAGCCAAGAGGAUUUCCAAGGUUUUUUUGCUCCGAAGGAUUCCAGCAUCUUUGUUGACGUUCUUCAUCUUCAUACAUUUACAUUCAUAAUCCAUUUGUGGAGUAUGCAAGUGGAUAAUGCUUGGUUUUCUCUAGUUCAUGUUACCAUUGCGAAGCUAUGGUCAACACACCUGAGAGUAGACCGUUCUUUGUCCAAGAGGCAUUUUUAAACACACUUCACUGGCUCAUAGUUAUGUUGGUUUCUUUCUGAACAGAUCUCUAAGAGUAAUCUCGAUCAGCUUAGCACUGGUUUUGUUCUGGAAUGGGCGAAUUAGCUUUUGCAUUGGUUGGUUCUUGCCAUGAAUGUGGCCUAGGCCGCUCGUAUGGCAUUAAAGCAUAAACUAACAAGCCAACAGCAUUAGUCUGUUCAACACUGACUCGAUGGUUUUCAGUUAGGUGGCGUUUUGGAUUAUCCGGAUGGCGGAGGGAUGAUAAAGCAUUGGCUGCUCUCUGACAUGCUUAACAUGGAGUGGCCCAAAAAGCAGGAACUUUUGACUUCCAGACUGGAUUUAUGGAUUUUUCCGGCCUGUGUUGACCGCUAUCAUAUGCGGACACAAGCCGAUCUGCUUCUCUCGGGCUCUAGAGAGUCAUUUGGGACACGAUGUGUGUGUUUGCCAAUGGUGUUCCCAGCCUCUACUGAACUGUGUGUGUCUGGUCACCAACUGAACCUUCACUGAUACUUUGCUGCUUGCCAAUCUCAUGCCAGACCGCAUGAGUGAAGUCCAAAAUGGUGCGAACCUUGAAGAGCGAUUGGAGUGAGACAACCCCAGAAGAGGCUUAGAGCCGGCAUCCAGCUUCUAGACUUCUUCUACUUUGGGUCGGAUCCACAGACCUGCGCAGCACGAAACAAGGGAGACCUGAAAACUUCUGUACGUCUGCACGGUGUAUUCCAGCGCUCUGUAAAAGCAUUAAUCCACACAGAGCAAUGCGACACAAGCAGACGUCCUCACUAUGUGCUUUCUGUAUAUAUCUGUACAAAGGAAUUAUUUUAAAAAGGGUUGUUGGAUGCUAUCGGAUUGUCUUACUAUCUCUUUCUCUUACGUUGUUUUUUCUGUUAGCCUUUUUUUCUAGCAUUGUUGACGUAAUAUCAACGUUUAGCUGGUAUAACGGCUUUAUAUUGAAAGUGUUUUUGAUUUUUACUACUUUUUCUACCCCUCCUCUUCAACGUCAAAUCGGUCCCACUCUGCUCUGAAACUGUUUGGAAGCACAUGUUUAGUGAAAUAAAGUCAGUUUUAAUAGAAGGUCAGGAGUUUUCGUCCACACCCCUGCAAGAUACAUGGCAAUGGAAGGAAGCGACGAGCCAUCUCCGGUGCUAUCUGGAGCUAGUUGUUCCAGUUCAUCAUCAUGCAGUUCUUGUGUGAAUCUGAAACUCUCAGGAGAGCAUUAUUGAAAUCUGAGCCUGGCAUGUUCAUCGCUCUCUGCUGAUAUCAAACUCGAUUAUUGAACAGCACAGGGAAGAAGACAGUACUUAACGUAAUUGGUUUAUAGUGAAGAGGUGGCUGUUCCCCUGUUAAACAUGACCAUUUGUUUUCAUGAGACAAAACGGCAAACGUUCAGUAUCUGCAAGAUGCUCCUUAAAUGUAGAACUGAGCAUUAAUUUCAAUGCCAGCACAAAACCCCUGAUCUGAUUUUAACUAAUGUUCAUGCUAAUGAGGCCUAACGGCACAAUGCAUUGGUUUUAUUUUGUUGUAGGAGAGACCCGGGCCAGAUCUCUUUAAGAAUUGUUAUUUUUUCCUCUCUGCGCAACUUUUCACUUUUUAUGCUGAUUUAGGACCAGCUUUCUCUACCUAAACCCUAAAUAGUAACUAAGAGAUAUUGCAGCACUGGUGUCCGAUCAGCAUCGAAAGGCUUGCACCAAUACCAGAGAGUUAGGAUUUUUAUAUAUAGUAAUAACCUCACUUUUAGUUGUUCUGUCUUCGCACGUUUAGCCAGUAAACCUGUGCUGUCGGGUGACUUGAUUCAUAAUUGUUGAGGAAAAAGCGCUUGAUUGUUUUAAUUUAUUUUUGAGGGUUCUUCUUUUGUUGUUGCUGUUGUUUUUUCUAGUUCAGGUUUUCUCCUUGUAGAAAGACGAAACGGAGGGUUUUAACAGUUCAAACAUUGGUUUAUACUUGUCUCAGACGGUGCUAAUAUAGCCUGUGUGAUCCUUGUGAGAAGAGAAGAGGGAAUUUGCUGUUUUAGUUUAAUUUCUAUUUCCGGUUUUAUUAGGCCCCUCCCACAACCCAUCCCACUAAUUAAGCCCCACCUAUCCACAGAGAGCAGCGGCUCGGUGUCAGUCAUCGGUACUUGAAAGAAAGAUGUUUACACCUCUUCAUUUCUGUGUUUGGAAACACUUCUCUUUGUACACCAUCCAUCGCUCUCUCUUUCCCUGCCUUCCUCUCUGUCUAGCUGGCUCCCACUCUCUUCUUAGGGAUCUCUCAUGUAAAGUGUAAAUUGCUACAUUUUUUUAUACAAAACUGUAACUUGCCUUUGUACAUUUAGGCAGAAAAUAAAUCUUUUUAUGAGACAAUCA